UUUUGAUUUUUUUUUUCUUUAAAAUUUUGUCAACAGAAAAGCAGGCCUUUGGAUACUGAACUUAUACCUACCUUUGUAAGAUGAUGCUUCUUAACCAUAGUUCGUAGACACUUUGGGUCUGUGGUAUGUGGACCUGAGAAGGAGAAUAGAUGACAUAAGGAAAUGAGUCUGUAUUUGCUGAACACAGUGGUGUGCUUAUAUGGCCACCAGUCAAUGGGACAAAAAAAAAAAAAAGGGAAAAUGUCUCUGAAAAUGCAAGUGACAUAGACAAGGUAGCUGAGAAGGAAGCAUAAGUCUUUUACAUGCAGCAGUUUCAGGUUCAUCCUUGGGCAAUAAAGCCACCUGGAGUUUCCAAACACUGGACCUGGACCUAUCUUUGUCUGUGACACCAGGUCGCUCUGAUGGACCAGAUGGAGAGAGUUCUGCCAGACAGCAAUCAACACCAAGCAAAGAAGAGGCAAAACCACAUUUCCACAUUCUCCUCUUGAUGAAUCUGGGACUCACACCAAGUCUCUAGAUCCCUUGCCCCUUGGGGCAGAGGGGAGGAGAAGAUCUGGUAUGCCAGCUGUUGAUGGAAUGACUUCUUCUGGUCCAGGUUCCUGGUUCACCACAGAGGAUGCAAUGAGGAAACCAGUGCAUUCGAAGCCGCCUGUGUCGCUGGGUAUGUACAGGAGCAUGUACAAGAAGGAGUACAAAUGGCAUGAGGAAAACAAACCACCCACUGAGGAGGACGUGAAGAAGCUCAGAGCCAAGGAGUUUGCCGUGCCCCAAAAGCCACAGGCAAUGCCAUACUAUGACAAAGCUCUCGGGGAAGGGAGAGAUGUCACACAAAGUGAGAAGCAAGAAGGCAUUGACCUCAGUCCCAGUGUGCUGCAGCAGGCUCAUGAAGAGCAGAUAAAGCACUUCAGUUCAGACCUCCCCCUUGCAGAAAGCCGUGCACCAAAGCAGUACCUCACCACUGAACUGGCAGCAACCCAGGCGGACAGACCAGAGAGGCCACAGGCUCUCAGUGGGCAGGAAAAGGAACUGUCUUCUUCCCAGCACCUUCAAGCUGCUGCUGGUGGCCCAGGAGCAACAGGGAUGUUGCUGUAUAGGCAGAAGCUGGAUCCCACCUGGGGUACCUACCAGCACUUCAUGCUGGAGACAGGCCAGGCCCUGCGAGAUGAGGCUCAGCAAAACAAGAAUGUGGCCCUGUCCUCGUCGGUUUUGGUGGAAGAGUGCUGUGGCCAUGACCGCAGAAGUACCUACAGCACCGACUUCCAGCACCAGCCUGCAGCCUGCACUGGAAGCUGUAUAGCAAAUAAGAAUCUAUCUCACAUUUUCACUGAAGAUGAACGCUUCCACCAGAACCACUGGGUGUCUGAGUACAAGGACAACUACAGCAUUUACUUGCAGAAGCUGAACUGGGCAUCUCGAGGCCACACUGCAGAGCCUGGCUCUGCCUUGAAGCCCCAAGGGCUGCCUUCCCAGAGUGAGGUUUCACCAGACACAGCCCAGUGAGUGCUGCUGCACGCUCCCUGUUCUCCAAGCUGAGGGAGAUUUUCCACCAGAGAUCCUGGAAGCCUGGAAACCUCUAUUCCAAACCGCCGUUACCAAAUAUUUUUAAAGUGUCCAGCAGAAACGUUUUUACACACCUAUUUCAUGAAGAAACCUGAGCUUUCCUCAUUGUCAGAAAUAAAAAGGGUUUUUUGGACAGUGCAGAACUAAAAGCACUCAUCAAAGUUAAGUUUAUGUACUUAUUUAAAAAAAAAUCUGUGUUCA